GGGCGUGUUGCGUUGUGAGCAGAGCAGGCACGUGACAGGGGAGUGGACAACUAGUACGCGGCUGCUGGGCUGGUGCUAUGGCUGGUGUCCAAAAAGACGAGGAAAUUGGCUCCCUUUUAGGCUUCAAGUCAUUCUUUGGAAGCACUUUGGAUUCCAAAGAACCAAUUUAUGUAUGAAGUGGGCGGGCUUGUACAGACAGGGCAGGGCAGGGCAGGGCGUUGCUCUGACACCUUUGGAUGCCACGGCGACAAUUCCGUUGAAAAGGCGCUCGCUCGCUCGCUCGCUCGCUCGCACACAUGGUGAGACCAGACGACGCGAAGGAGACCGACAAUUUCACGGGGGAAAGAUGGCGCUGGAUGCCGAGAGCAAGGAGCUGCUGUUGGAAACGCUGGAAGACCUGGGGGAUGACGACUUCAAGAAGUUCAAGUUUUAUAUGCAUCUGGCUAAGAGAAAAAAAGAAAACGCAGACCGGACUGACAUCGCCGAAGUGCUGGUGAACAGGUACAGCAAGGACGCUGUGGCGGAGACCAGGAAGAUUCUGGAGAAGAUCAAAAACUAUGACCUGGCCCAGAAGCUGCAAAUGAAAGGUGGCACCCGUGCGCCCUCAGAUAGCAUCUCCUUAGAGGUCCAGAUGGGCGAAUUCAAGCGGGAGCUGCAAGAGAACCUGCGGGCCAUGUACUGGAAGGCUCCCGAGGGCAACACAGAGCCCGGCCAGCAGGAGGCUCUGGAGAGCGUCUACACCAAGCUCCACAUUAACCGCGGCGUCGCCGGUCUCCCCGACAAGCAGCACAAGAUCCUUCAGAUGGAGAUGCGCGGCGAAGACGAGGAGGAGGAGUCCAUCGAGCCGUGCGACAUCUUCAAAAGCGAGAAGCCCCUUCGCACCAUGGUCACCGUGGGCUUCGCGGGCAUCGGGAAGACCUUCCUGGUGCGCAAGUUUGUCCUGGACUGGGCCAACGGGACAACCAACACAGACGUGGACUUCGUCUUUCCCUUGCCCUUCCGCGAGUUGAACUUGGAGGAGGGGAAAAGCUUUUCGCUGGCAGAGCUCAUCCAGCACUUCAUCUGCGACAGCAAGGCGGCCAUCGAGAUGCUGCAGGACAUCUUGGUCAGGAUGCAAGAUUUGGGCAAGCGCACCUACCAAAGCAGCAGCGUCAAGAUUUUGUUUGUGCUGGACGGCUUUGACGAGUGCCGCCUCAAACUGGACCUGAGCGACGAGCGCAAGGAGCGCCUGGAUGUGACCCGAGCGUACCCCGUGGAGGUCCUCCUGGCGCAUCUCAUCAAGGGGAACCUGCUUCCCUGCGCCCGGCUUUGGAUCACCACGCGGCCCCAGGCGGCCCGCGACAUCCCGGCGCGCCUGGUGGACGGCAGAACCGAAGUGAAAGGCUUCAGCCGCUCCCAGAGGCUGGACUACUUCAGGAAGAGGUUCCCCGAUGACGAGGAGGACGUCAUCAAGCACAUCCAAAAGUCCCCGAGCAUUUUCAUCAUGUGCCACAUGCCCAUCUUCUGCUGUCUCACCGCCACCCUUCUACGAGAUUAUCUGCAGCACAAAAAGGAGCUGCCCGAAACCCUGACCGAGAUGUACACAGAGUUCCUACUCUAUCACCUGGGCAGGUCCGAGGAGCGAGGCGGCCAGAAGAGCACGGCGUACGUCAAAGCGCUGGCCAAGAUGGCUUUUCGGCAUCUCAUGAAGAAGCAACAGAUCUUCUACGAGAGCGACUUGCGGGAAAGCGGCUUGGAUGACCCGCAGGUCGCAAAACACUCGGGAGUCUUCACCGAGAUCUUCGAGGAGGUACCCCCGCUCAAGAAAUACCAACGCGGCAAGAUGUUUCAGUUCAUCCACCUGAGCAUCCAGGAAUAUCUGGCUGCUCUCUACGUGAUGAUGAGCUUGUUCCAGGACAACAAGAACGUGCUGGGAGAGCUCCCGUUGCAUUCCGAGCAGACGUCGCUCGUCCGGGUCCACGAGGCGGCCAUCCGCAAAGCCUCAGAAAGUGAGGGAAACCUGGACUGGUUCAUCCGCUUCUUGGUGGGCCUUUCCUUGCAGUGCAACCAGAAGCUCAUGGGUGAGCUGCUGAAGGCUCCCAAGAACUUCAGCCACAGCAACGCAGAAACAGUCGACCUGAUCAAGCAACAGAUAGACAAGAACUCUCCUGAGGAGAACAUCAACUUGUUCUACUGUCUGAAAGAGCUGAAGGACGAGUCCCUGCUGGAGCAGCUCCAAAUUUACUUCAGCGGAUUCUGGUACAACCCUGAGAACGUACCUCCGGCCAUGUGGUCGGCCCUGGUCUUCUUCUUGCGGGCUUCCAUACUGAACUGCUUCAAUCUCCACGAAUACGCUCCGUCCGACAAGGGGCUCCUGAUGCUGCUGCCGGUGGUCAAGGCUUCUCGAACAUCAUGGUAAGUGCCGUCGAGCCAGCACGUUGAACCGGCCGCCCACAUGUGUCAGCCGGCCGCCCUCUUGUCUUCUCAGGCUCAGUUGCUGCAACCUGAGCAAGAAAAGCUGCGAGGCGCUGGCCUCC